AUGACCAUUGGUGCCAUCAGUGAUGGAGUAAAUAUUUCCAAAGAAGCUCGGAGCGCAAUAUCUCGAGCGGCAAGCGUGUUUGUGCUUUAUGCAACAUCAUGCGCAAAUAACUUUGCCAUGAAGGGGAAGAGGAAAACGCUGAACGCUGGCGAUGUUCUCUCUGCCAUGGAGGAAAUGGAGUUUCAGCGAUUUGUAGCCCCUUUGAAAGAAUCACUGGAAGUUUACAGGCGUGAACAGAAAGGAAAGAAAGAAGCAAGGAAAGAUAAAGACAAGAAGGCAGACUCAGAGGAGCAAGAUAAGAGCCGAGAGGAAGAGAAUGAUGACGAUGAUGAAAGGAUGGAGGAAGAAGAGCAAAAUGAUGAGGAAGAGGUGGACAACUGAGCUUGCUCAUGAGACGUGUGCAGGGGCUGGGUUUUGUUCAGAGAGAUAUAAAUGCUGUAAAUCAAUCUUGCUGUGUGCCCUCUUGUUUCCAGUAGAGCUUCGUAUUGUUCCUCUGGGGCCCGUCCCUUUUUGGCUUUAACUUUUACUUAAAGGACUUCUGUAAAGCUUUUCUCGUGGAAGGACCACUCCUCCCCGGGUUCUGAAGAGAGCAGCGGGACUGGGCUUUUUAUGCUGGGUUGGCUCUGAAAUAGAGGGGAAAAGGAAUGUCGGAUGUGCAGUACAGAAGCUGGCCAGGAGAACUUGAGAGACCCUUGAAUAAGCUCGUUAAACCAAGUCAGGGGCUGAAUCAAAUAGAUCAUUAAUCCUUUGGGGUUUGGAAUCUACACGAUGAUGUCCGGAGCCUUGGAAGCUGAGCAUUUGAGCUUUUUAUCCAAGUGACUUGGUUUUUUCCUUCGUUUUCUUGCAUUCUGGCUGUGCCUUCUCUUCCUGCUGUAACUGUGACAGCCAUACUGUGUCCUUUGACCUUCCCAGUCGUCUACAGCGAUACAGUACGACUGUACAAGGACCAGUGGUCCCUUUGGCUGACUUUCUGCCCCAAAUCAACCUAAAUCACAAAACUCCAGAGCACUUAGGAUGUAAACCAAAUAACAAAAGUGCUUGGUUCGUGUCUUUGAAGCCCCAGGAGAGCAAGAGGACUUCUAUUAAAAAUCUGAAGCAAAAUUAAUGGCUGAAAUGGGUAUUAGGAUGACAAAAGGUGGCUGUAUCAAGUGCUGCGUUUGUUGCAGGGCAGCAGUAGGCACCAGUGGAUCGGAGGCUCUCGCCUUCUUUCCCUCCUUUGCAGAGCUGCAGCUCCUGCAGACAGGUUGGUGAUUGCAAGCAAGUCUAAAUACGGUAGAAUCGAGUGCUGGAUUUUGGUGGGUUGGGGUUUUUUUCCUGACUGGAAUGGACUAAUGACAUCAGAAGUCCCUCUUUAGCCUUCGGCAGUCAUCCCAGAGACACAGGCUGCUGCCCAGUGCCAUGGGCUCCUGGAGGGAGGCGAGGUUGGGACGCUCCUACCUAGGAACGUUAGCCUCUGGCUUUUAAAAUCUCUCCUUCAGGAAAGAUGGGUUGAAACAAGAUGUUUGUGUUCCUCAUGCUCCGAUAGGUUUGUUCUUCUACACUUUCUUAGUUUUGAUGCCUUUCUUUUCUCUUCUCUGAGAAAGUAUCUAUUGGAGUAAGCUCCUUUUGGGGGGAAAAACAGCUUUAUUAUUUGACUGAUCUUUUUGAAGAUUCAUAAACCUGGUAUUUGAACCUGGUAUUUAACCGAGGUCUGGUGAAUGAAAUUUGAGGAAAGUUUUA